CUUUCAACAAGCCCUAUAUAAAACAUCCCUCGUUACACUUCUCAUUUCGCAGAAAAACCCUAGCUUCUGAUAUAGUAGAGCCGCAGAGUUCCCGAACGAACGAAAAUGACUUUCAAGAGAAGAAACGGAGGUCGUAACAAACAUGGACGUGGCCACACCAAAUUCAUUCGCUGCUCUAAUUGCGGCAAAUGCUGCCCAAAGGACAAGGCAAUCAAGAGGUUUCUUGUGAGGAACAUUGUUGAGCAAGCUGCUGUACGUGAUGUUCAGGAAGCUUGUGCUUUUGAAACGUACACUCUUCCUAAGCUGUACUUGAAGAUGCAAUAUUGUGUUUCAUGUGCAAUUCACUCUAAGGUGGUCAGAGUUCGUUCUGUUACUGAUAGGAGAGUUCGUGAGCCCCCACAGCGUUUCAGGCGCCCAAGGGAUGAUCUCCCAAAGCCAGGUCAAGCUCCACGCCCCACUGGAGGAGCCCCUGCUGCACCUCGCACUUAAGUUGAUAGGCUUCAGGUUUUAGUUAAUCUGAUAGUUAUUUUAUCUGUUAUAUGUCGUGGUUUUGACUGUACUGUUUUUAUUUAGUUGAUGGGACCAUUUACCAUUUCAUGGAAUUGAAUUUUGAAUGGAAAAUGAGAGAUCUAAAUUUUCGUAAUGGAGUGCUUUUGAGUUUUUGUCUUCUGAUAGACAUCA